AUGAACAACCAGGCGAGGGCCCCAGUCCCCUCCCCGGCCCGGACCUCGGGCUCGGUCCGGGCUUCGACCCCGGUCAGGACUUCGAUCCCGGUUCGGACCUCGACUCUGGUCCGGGCCUCGACCCCCGUCCGGACCCCGACUCUGGUGCGGGCCUCCACUCCCGUCCGCCCCCCGACCCCUGUCCAGACACCGACUCCGGUCCGGGCCUCAACCCCUGUCUGGCCCCCGACUCCCGUUCGGACGCCGACUCCGGUCGAGGCCUCGACCCCCGUCCGGACCCCGACUCCCGUCGGGACCUCGACCCCCAACCGGACCCCCGUCCGGACCCCGACUCCGGUCUGGACCUGGACCCUGGUCCGGAUCCCAACCCCAACCCCAUCCUCGGUCCCUGCCUCGGAAUCCUUCUCAAACUCCGCCCCGUCCUUGGAUCCGCCCCCAGAACCUGCUGCGGAGCCCCCAUUGUCGCCCAACAAGGACCCUGCGCCCACGCCGCCAAGUGUGAAGCACGUCCCCUCGGUGGCCAAGGGAUUUGGGCCCCCCCAGGCGCCCCUUCCUGCGCUCCCUCCAUCGGCCACUGAUUUACCGGGGCCCAACCUGGGGUCCAUCCCCAGGGCAGAUCCAUCCACCACCAAGUUGACAGAUCCCCCUCCUGGACCCAUCGUGCCCAUCGUGGGGACCGUCCCGUCCACCACGCCGAUUUCUCCCAGCCCGUUAGCCUCCACCAGCGAGAACUUUCAAGUGGACAGCAAGAUCACGAUUCGAGUGAUCUACUGUGGCCUCUGAAGCUACGGCCUUCGGUAUAUUCUACUGAAAAAGAGUCUGGACCAGCAAUUUCCAAAUCGUCUACUCUUUGAGCAGGACAUAUCCGCCCAGGCUUCAGGGGAGUUUGAAGUGUUUGUGGAAGGGACACUGGUCCAUUCGAAGAAGAAGGGUGACGGCUUUGUGGACGAGGUCAGUCUGCGGAAAAUUGUGAGCGUCAUCAACGAGGAGAUCAGGAAGAGGUAGCAGGCACCUGGGGAGCCGGAGGAGCCCCAGCUGGAUGACGAGAAGGGCUGAAAUGUUGCCAGGUCCUUUUCUGAUGGCGGC